CCGGCCUCCUCGAGCGCCGGCGCAGGGCGCCCCGGUGGCCCCAAACUUCGGUUCGAGUACCUCAUCUUCGUCAUGGGUGUCCUGUUGUGGGUCAAACCUGCUUCAGCCGUGUCUGUAAGGAAGGAUGAAAUUGACCAGCAGUCAUCAGCCCCACUGGAAGGGAGCCUCCAACAGAACUUAUGUCUACCAGGAUUCUACAUGGAAGAAGCCAGUGGAGGUUGUGCUUCGUGCACUGAUGGGACAGACUACACCAAUCAUUCAAACACCCUCCCUUCUUGCUUACCUUGCACGACUUGCAAAUCAGGAGAAGAAGAAAAAAAUCGCUGCACCCCCACCAAGGACACUGAGUGUCAGUGCAAACCUGGCACUUUCCGUGGAGAAGAUGCGCCUGAAUUCUGUCAAAAAUGCAGCACCAGGUGCCCUGAUGGGAAGGUCAUGGUCAUGGACUGUACCCCCUGGAGCGACAUCAAGUGUGUGGACCAAGAAUCAGGUACCCUGGCCCAUGGAGAGGCCCCAGUUCCUGGAGAGCUAGGAACUCCCUCUCCCUCCUUAAAGACUGUAAGGCUGUGGAUUAAAAUUGGAUCUGGAAUCACCGUUGUCCUAUUCGGAUGUGUAGUAUGGUGCUUCUUGAAAGGUCUCUUUGAUGAGUGCUGGCACAAGGUGAUCGGUUUCUACAGCAUCUGGCAGCAUCAGACCCUCAGUAACUGCUUUUGCCCCACAACAAAGCCCAGGGUGGACGUGGUCCCCGUCCCUUGGCAGGAAGAGAAGCUGACAGAGGAUAACGCCCAGUCCCAGGAUGCAGCAAGCAGGCUGGCUGUCGGAACCAGCAGCACCUGAAGCACCUCAGAGGAGAAGAUGGCUGCUGGUUCCAAGAGACGCCACUCAGAGCCUGAAGCUACUCUUCAGUGACUUUGCAGCUAUCUUUUCCUUGUGACUUCUGUGAUUCGCUCCUUGGGCCUCACAUGAAAUGAGAUCGUUGUGGGCAGAGAAUAGGCCUGGGUCUCUCUGGAUGGCUUGUGUGAAAUACAGCCAGUCACCAAGAAGGGACAGAGGACCUCAGUCAACACCCUGAUGGAUGCCUUGGAAAUGCUGGGACAAAAAUUGACAAAACAGACAAUUCAAGAGCGCUCGCUGAAAACAGGAAAGUAUUAACAUGUUUAUGAAGAAAGUGAGACAGGCUCUGCUGUGCCCUGACUGAGGACCUCAGUCUUUCAGUUCAGGACACACUCCUUAUAGACUUCUAGUUUUUAUUUGUAUUUGUUUGAAAUUUGUCAUUCAUGUUAAUAUGUAUGUAUUUAAUGACGUAACUUAUAAUGAAAGUGUUAGUCACUGAGUCAUGUCUAACUCUUUGCAACGCUAUGGACUGUAGCCCACCAGGCUCUUCUGUCCAUGGGGUUUCU